GUUGUAUGGCCACCAUGAGACACCUUAUUGUAAGCCUUCUGCUUUUCUUCUUCUUUGAAGUUUCAACGAUCCAAGCUCAGGGUAGAUGCCGUGUGAAAGGUCUGGAGGGCUGGACAUCGAUGGGAUCGUAUUGUUACCAGUACUUUUAUUCCCCCGUGACCUUUAACCAGGCUCUGAUCAACUGUAGGAGUUAUGGCGGCACUUUGGCUUCUGUCAUCUCAGAGACACAGAACCGUCAGAUUACUGGACUAAUCACCGCCAAGAGUUUUGGCACACCCCGCACAUGGCUGGGAGCUCAGAGAACGAAAAAUUAUGGAAGCUUCAAAUGGCUGGAUCGAAAAUGGUUUUGUUUACACACGAUGGGCAAAAGGUGAACCUAACAAUCUCUUUGUGCCUGAGAACUGCUUAGAAAUUAACUACAAAGGGGCCGGCCUCUGGAAUGAUGUCAGAUGCAGUAGAAAGAAGCCCUAUGUUUGUCAACAUAGAGCUUGACCACAAUGGAACAUUCCUUCGCUUAACAGUCCUUCCCUUAUCAGUGUGUUCCAAAGAUUUACCCUUCUUUCCCUAUUAUCCUCCCCCUAAAUCUGUCUUCAACCCAGCUAUAUAUGAGCUUUACGCUAUUGAUGCUUAAUAAAAUGGUUAAAGCAAA